AUGUUCGACCUGAAGAAGAGGAACAGUCUCCGGCUCAACUGCGAGCGAGACACGGAGGAGUUCCGGCGAGUGGCCGUGAGACGGAGGACCAGAGGAGCUGAGGGGGACGGAGGAGCCUCGGGAACAGUGCCUCCUAAACCAGCUCACCUCCAGAGCCCUGUGAGGGCAGGACAAGAUCAGUCCUCCAGUCCCACUCCGGGAAAAUUCCCACCACAACAGGUUUACAACACAGAGGAUGAGCGGAGUCUUAACAGAAGUUAUGGACUUUCUGUUCCUUGUGUCAGCGCAGCACAGAACUGCCUCGGCUCCCCGAGCCCUGUUAGAGGUGGAGGGAGCCCUUUAUUAAAUGGAGUGUCAGGAACAUAUAUCAGCCCUGCCCGGCACCCUCAGGGGACUCCAAGUCUUGCAAGCAGUCCAGUUUUAGGAUCUCCAAGUCCAGGCAAAAGGAUCAUCCAGAACUGUAGCCUGUUGAGGCAAGGACGGAACAGCCCUGCCAAGUUAUCCCCAAGACAUCUUAGCCCUCUCGCAGGAAAACUACGGACCCCCAGUCCUGUUCAGGUGAGAACGGGGAGCUACAGCCCCGCCAAGAACUCUAUAUCCUGGCUAGGACUGCACAGAGUCCCAAGCUGGAAGAUGGAGGGAGCAGAGAGGAAAUCAGGGAAAUCUCUGAGUGUGCCCGACUUGAUUGUUUGCUUGGAUGAAAGCAGGAUUCCCAGUGACAAAGUAGAACGUUCUCCACUGAAACGGCUGCAAUCAGCCAACUGCAAUGGACCUGCCAUCACCGUCAAAGCACCGGCUAACCACAAACUCAAUCAUACCAUAAGUGAAGGCCAUCUAUCGUGCAACGGCAAAGAGCCUUCCCUUGGAAAAAUGAAUGGCUUAGUGCAGGAUAAAGAGUGGCUGGUAGUAAAUGGGAAGCAAAUAAAUGACAAAGUAGAACAAGGCCAAAUACCCACAGGGUGUGGUUCCAAGUUCUCCUGCCAGUGGAAUGAAGCUACUACACACGAAGGGAGGGUUCACUAUGCCUGUGUAGGUGAGCAAAAUGAGGAGGACAAGUGGAGGGAGACGGGAGGAGACAAACCCAAAGAAGAGAGCACAGAGCAGAAACUAUACAAGAUCGCCAAUGAGCUCCUGCAGACAGAGAGGGCCUACGUCGCUCGCCUUCACCUGCUCGACCAGGUGUUCUGCUCACGCCUGACAGAAGAAGCAGGUCGAGGCUCAUUUCCUCCCGAGGUGAUAAGAAACAUCUUCUCCAACAUUUCCUCCAUCUACUCCUUCCACAGCCAGUUCCUGCUCCCUGACCUGGAAAGCUGCAUCACGCACUGGGGUAGGAGGCCAGGCCUGGGUCGUGUUAUGCUGCAACACGCCCCCUUCCUGAGGAUGUAUGCCGACUACGUGAGGAACUUUGACCAGGCCAUGGAGCUGGUGAGGACCUGGACCGAGCGCUCCACUGCUUUCAGAAGCAUCAUCCAUGACAUACAGAGUCAGGAGGCGUGUGGCAACCUGACCCUGCAACACCACAUGUUGGAACCGGUCCAGAGGGUUCCACGUUUUGAAAUGCUGCUGAGGGAUUAUCUAAAGAAACUGCCCGAGGAUAAUCCAGACUACGAGCUUGCUCACAAAUCCUUGCAGACGAUUUCCAUGGCAGCCACCCACUCAAACAGCGCCAUCCACAAAGCUGAGAGCAGGAAGCGGCUACUGGAAAUCUACGAGAUGGUUGGAGAGGAGGAAGUGGUCAAUCCGACCAAUGAGCUUCUCAGAGAAGGGCGCCUGCUCAAACUCGCUGCCAGGAACACAUCCGCCAUGGAGAGACACCUGUUCCUGUUCAACAACUUUCUACUGUGCUGCACUCCGAAGUUCAGCCUCGUCGGGCAGCGUUUUACUGUUCGAUGCAGGAUUGGUGUGGAUGGCAUGCAGGUGCAGCAGACCACCAAUGAGGACCACCCGUAUACUUUUCAGGUGUCUGGAAAGGAGAAGACCCUUGAGCUGCAAGCCAGCUCGCAACAAGAUCAAGAAGAGUGGAUUAAGGUGGUUCGUGAAGCCAUCGAUGUGUUUCUGAAGAAAAACGAAACGUUCAAAUUGGCGUCAAAGGAGCCCAAUCCAGAAGAACCAGAACUUGGCCGACGAGCCCCCCGCUGGAUCCGAGACAACGAGGUGACCGUGUGCAUGAAAUGCCAGGAGCCUUUCAACGCACUCACGAGAAGACGACAUCACUGCCGUGCCUGUGGCUGUGUGGUGUGUUGGAAGUGUUCAGACAACAAAGCGGCUCUAGAGUAUGAUGGGAACAAGCUGAACAAAGUGUGUAAAGCCUGUUACUCCAUCCUGACCGGUCGAAGGGGGGACAGGAUACUAGAAUCUGAAGCGUCUCCCGUGUUGGGUGACAUAAUCAGUGGUUUCCUGCAGUUUGGUGACGACACCAAAACCUGGCAACGACUGUGGUCUGUGAUCACCAGGACUGAACCUCCAGUUCUCUGCCUGUACGCUGUCCCCCAGGACGUGAAGCAGCUGUUCAGUCUUCCUCUGCUGGGCUGCAGCGUGGAGGAUUCCCCUCAGGAGCUGCAGGGUCAGACGUGUUUCAGGGUGACUCAGAGUAGAACCACCCACACGUUCUCCUGCGACGGGUUGGACCUGAAACAGCGCUGGCUGGCUGUUCUGAAAGACGCUGCGACGGGCAGGAUUCCAGCACGCUUGCCGACCGACCAUGACGUCACUACCUAUGGUGACAUCAGUGACCUCAGUGUUAUCAGUGUCUCCAGUGCUGAGGAAGUAACCAUCAACGGCAGCAGGGACAACUACUCCUGAAUACUCACAACAGAUGAAAAAGCUCAUUGACAUUAAAGACUAUAUUUGUGACCAAUGUUUUUAAAUGAAUGAAAAUCUAGAAGUGAAAUUCAGACCCGAGAACUGUUUCCUUCACAAGUGGCUGUGCACUUUAUUUCUGAAAUGAUUUGCAGUAAAAUAAAUAAAGUGAAAGUGUUUUAACAUGA